CAAACUCCUAAGUAUUUCCCAAGUGGAACAUCCGUUUGACAUCCGCAUCCGAGGUUGCAGAAUGGACUGGGAGACCUCCUUCCUCUCCAUCCAUUUUGGACCAACACUAUCAUCAUGUCGUCUUCCAAGGUGUCCCUCUCCAAUCUCUCAGCACUUUAUCAUGUCCUUUGGCAGGUGCAAGAUGACUCUGUCUUGAGGCAAGGAUUGAGGUGUAAUGUUUUAGAUUCGAAUGGAUAUGACAAGGUGCAUCCGUUCACCUUCGAUUCUAUCGAUCUAUCUCGACACCCUGAUGCGGUGUUACCAAACGGAGCGACCUCCAUGCUCAUUCGUUCAGAAUAUGAGUUGUUCUUUGACAACAUCUCUGCGAUCGAGCGCAAUUUCAUCGUUCAUGGAUCAGCGGGUAUAGGGAAGACGCAUUUCCUAGCAUACGUCCUCAUCAGGCGACUUCUUGCUUGCCAGCCGGUAACUUAUCAGAUAGACCAACCGGGCACAUCCGUCUUGUGCUUUACCGCUGACGGAUUCUUCACCCUCUCAGAGGAAGACAACGAGUACCACCCCUUGUUCCAAUCCGAAGACGUAUGGCACCUUGUUGACAGUACACACUACAACCCCGUCACGCACACGAAUACUGACCACACUCAGACGCUGAUGUGGGGCACGUGCGGCAAGGCCAUUUUCACUACCUUUUGGCCCGACAGCCUGGGGUUCAACAUUGAAUGGUCGCCUGGAUAUGAUGUUGCGCUUCGGCAGUGGAUGGCUCCGUGUACUUGGGACGAAAUCUUCGCUAUGAGUGCACUUACUGCAGACCGGCAUAACGCCAAGCGCCUGCGAUGGACAUACGCUCAUUUCGGGUCCAAUGCGGAUAUCUGCCUGCAAGUGUCUCGUCAUGCCAGCUAUGGCGAUCACUAUGUGGAUGAGCUGGAGUGCGCACACGAUAUUUUCUGGAGCCUGCAUCCCACACUGCGCGAAUUAGAAUCCCAAUAUAACCGCAGCCUGUUUGCAGUUCAACCCGGCGACACCCGUACGGAACCACUUCCGUACCCUGUGUCGCAGUUUGCCAGCAAGCUCCUCGCAGAAGAGAUUGUCUCCUUAUACCCAUCCACCGCCAAAGUUGCCAUCGACACCCUCCUCGACUCGCUCGACACUAAAGAAGAGGGUGAGACCUUCUAUCGUCAGACUGUGGUGGCCCUUAUGUUCAGAUAUGGGGGAACCUUCGAGCUGCGGUGUCCCGAUUCGGAGUGGAAUUAUCAGCCAGCGGAUGAAGGUUUCUUCCUGCGUGCCAACUCUACGGCGACUCCCAAGCGUCGAUGGGCUUACCGGACCCAAGGCCAACUUGCGGACCUAGCCGAGAACUAUCCCUUCAUUCUCCACUCCCCUGAACAUUCCCUUGUGCAUCCAGGUAUCGACGCGGUCAUGUUUGAUGUCAGCGCCUCGACGGUGUGGCUUAUGCAGGUGACGUAUGGAUCCCCACGCCCAAUAUCCCCGAAGGCUCUUCGUUUCGUGCAGGACACUGUACGAGGCAGUGCUUACGAGCCGACCCCUCUUCGCCCCUGGAACCUCAUCUUUGUCACACGCAGGCAGGUCAUCGCGGACUCCUUCCAGCUCGGUGGAUCCAGAAAAUCAGAGUACUUCACUUCUAUGUUCUGGGACAAACGCAUGAAGCCAUAUGUGAUGCAAUUACGGGAUACGGAUCCCGGCAUGCACUCUUCGAGCACCUCAUUUCAGCACACCCCAUAUCAGCAGUGGGGUUUCCCCAUGUGGAAGAGUCUUAGCUUCCCACAGCGCCUGGCGAACUCGCUGGCGCACCUCGUACAUGGACCCUGGCUUGCAACUGGUUUUGAGUGUGUGGACCAGGUGACGAUGGGGCUUUGGGGUAUGUUUAUACGGACGCCGGGAUCUCAUUUACUUGGCUAUAUGACGAGCGAGGACUCGAUUGUGCUGAGUGGACUCCAUAUGAGCAUUCCUAGGGGACUAACUGGCAGCAGGUCAGGGAUGUACUUGGAUCUCUGAUAACCAAGGUGAAUGGGAAAAGAGAAGCAAGCGGUC